ACCCAAGGUAUAUACUGCCUUGCUACCCACUAGAGGUAUCUUGAUUCUUGACUAUACCCAGUAAAUACCCACAGUGUAUAUCUAUACCCAAUCUAUACCGUACCGUGCAUACCGUGCAUAUCAAGGCCAUAUCAAUAUAUAGUGCUUAUCGUGUAUGGCGCAUGGCCACGCUGUGUGACGUGUGUAGCUCCGCACUAGAGAAUUCUCAGAAGAUAACAUAUGAGGUGUUUAAUGCUCUGGUCUUUUAAGCAGCUUCCUUUUGCCAACAAUGUUCAAGUUUGGUUUUUGUGAUGAAGAGAAAGGAGACUUGCCAGGUCAAGAUAUUGACAAUGCAUCUGGAACCUGCGGACCCAACAGGCCUGCUCUGCAAGAACAUGCCAUACUUGGGCCACCAGUGUCCACACAAGAGAGCGAGUUGGUACCUCUCUCGCUGUGCGGCCAGAAGAUGCUGUUUCUGAAUGGUGACCUGGUGAUGCUGCGGCUGCAGAGGCAGGGGAUGGCCGGCGACCUGGGCCGCGCCUCGGAGGCACACACCGAUCUCAUCCCCGACGUGUACGAGGGCGGCAUGAAGCUGUGGGAGUGCUCGCGGGACCUGGUAACCUUUCUCAGCGCCGGCGAGCCGCUCGAGGGCCGCCACGUGCUGGAGCUGGGCUGCGGCGCCGCGCUGCCGGCCGUGUUCUGUCUGCUGCGCGGCGCCGCGUCCGUCACCGUUCAGGACUAUAACCGAGAGGUCAUCGACCACCUGACGGUGCCCAACCUGCGCCUGAACGUGCCCGAGAGCCGGCUGGCCGGCUGCCGCGCGCUGUCGGGCGACUGGGCGGCGCUGGCGGACCGACUGCGCGCCGAGCCGGGCCGGCCGCGCGCCCACCUCGUGCUCACCUCGGAGACCAUCUACCGGCGCGCCAGCUGGCCGCGCCUGCUGGACGCCGUGGACGCCGGCCUGGCCGACGGCGGCACCGCUCUGGUGGCCGCCAAGACGUUCUACUUCGGCGUGGGCGGCGGAACGCGCGCCUUCGAGCAGGCCGUGCUCGAGGACGGCAGGUUCUCCUCGGAGGUCGUGUUCAGCACCAAACAAGGGCUGCAUCGCGAGAUUUUACGAUUAGUGAGGACGACAUGAGGCGCCUGCUGUUCUACCGUGGGGCGGUAGGUUCGUCCCGAGGGCCGGCGCUGUGGGCUCCUCAGGACUGGUGUCGUCUGCUCGCGUCGACCGCUGUCCGUUCACCGCGCUGGCUGUUGAUGAGUUUGAUGAUAGGAGCGGCUACCGCCGCACCAUCGGUCUCCGCGGCAACCGUCCCCGAGACUAUCCAUGUAACAAAAACAACAGAGGCGUUGGGGUGGCACAUGAUCGGCGUUAUCCAACGCACGAGGAGAGUAUGUUUUGGAGGUGAGCUAACUAUCGAAAAUGACCAAUUUCGACAUAAAACGUUAACCGGUGGAGCGAGCAUCCGCACACAUUGUAACGCGCGGCAGGUCCUGGGGUCGCUCGGCUGGUCGAGGUUAUCGCGGCACUUUUGUCUCUUUUAGCGCAGACCCGCUAUUUGGGUCUGCUGGGUUUAUUUCCAUCUGUUUUUGCUUAGGCUCGGACCACUUGUCUGGUUAGAUAGGGUUUGCUUCCCGCCAUUCUUCAUUAGAGCUCUAUGGGGAUCAUUUUUAUACGAAUCUUGCAGUGUCAAUGUAUCACGAACUGACAGAUUGAGAAGCGUGUGUGACCGAAGGCCCGAUCUGGCUAGCUGGCCAUCUUAAUUUCCCUUCUCUGAUUUCAAAGUGUCGUUGGUUUUCCUCUCGCUGUCGCCCCUCUCCGUUUCCUUCUCUCGUCUGCUGUUUCAGUCACUCGACUCUGUGGCAUCGGGAGCACAGGGACGCCCUCUAACUCUCUGAGGGAGCCUGCCGAGGGACCAGUGUUCGCUGGGGUCGAAUGGCACGUGACGGUCAGACCCAAUUAGGGCUUUCAUAGAUUGUGUUCUCAGUGUGGUGUUCCAAAGUCGUACAUCGAUUGUGAAUACAUGUAUCCAA